UUUUUGUCGGCGUGGAAAUGGGAGAAGAUGAGGAUGUUGAUGAUUGUGCUGCAUUCGCUUGUGUGUCCUUGCCAGAGACCGGUGACUGGAGCAAGCCAUGCCCUCCAUCUGAUCAGUGGGGCGAGCCCUGCCCUCUUCUUCAUCUUCCAGCUGAAGCAUUCAUCGAGCCAAUCCCCCCUGUCCUCAUCGAAGAAGCACUUCACUUCAUGAUUCAGUCUCUUAAGGAUGAUAGUGAAGAAAUUCUCAAGUAUGACUUCAGCUCUAAUAGCUUAUCACUGAUUGGUGCACCGAUUCAGGAUCGUGAAAUUGUCAGUUCCUCUAUCCUCAUGGCGAUGGAGGAUGGCAGUUUGGGGUAUGCAUAUGUCAAUGGAUCAACCCUCUACCUGUGGUCAAGACUGAUGGAUUCCAACGGAGUUGCCUCAUGGAGUCAACGUACAAUUAUCAAUCUCAUGAACCUUCUCCCCAUCCAAAAUCCUGUGGAAAGAAUUACAGUAGUUGGAUCCGUGGAGGGCGGUGAUGUCGUGUUCGUCACCACAGUGCUGGGCAUCUAUGAGAUUAAUGUUGAUUCGCAGCGAUGGAAGAAGCUAGGGAAGAGAGAAAAUUUAGAUGCUGUGAUUCCAUACAUGAGUUUCUACAAUCGACAAGAAAGGGUGAUGCCUGGUGACGUGGUGCAUUGACAAGGUAUGGUUGAAUAUGCUUAAGGGCAGGAGGCCACUCUCAUCAACAAGAAAGAUGACAAGCUUAGGCAGCAGGGGUCUUGCGAUGAAUUAUAUCACUACAUAGUAGCCCUUUUGGUGCAAUGGUGCUUGCUUGAUUUCUCAUAUCGUGUUUAGCUUUUUUCAGUAAGCUUGACAGUUUCCCCAUGUUGUUCGUGUGUGUAAUUGGAUGAUGGAUUAUGUUGUAAACUUGUAAUGAACCUUCAA